CUCAAUUCAGCACAGAAGAGGGAGAUUAGUAACUACACUAUCUGGAAGGAUUUUUUCCAACAUCACUUGACAAGCACCAGUGACUGACAAAAUUGAUUGCUGCAUGGGCCUAGCUAAAACUGUCAGAGUCAGUAUGGUGCCACGGAUGGAUGUCUUCCAAGGGGGGGACAGAAGCUAUAAGAGAAUCACCAUGCAUAUAACUGUGCACAUAUGGGACACUGCUCUUCUCUGUUUUGCUCUCUACAUUGUGGCUUGUGUUAGUCGUGUAUCUGGAUUCACAUAUGGGGUCUGUGAAUUACAUGACCCUGAGCAGUGUGGAGGACGUACCAAAUUUUUCUGCUACAAAAGAAGUCUUGAGCAUGUGCCACCAAAAUUCCCACAUAACGUAACUGAUAUAGACAUUUCUCACAAUAAAAUAAAAGGGAUAAAGAGUGAGGACUUCCAAAAUCUUACACAUUUAGAAACCUUAAACAUCUCCUACAACUCAAUCUCUUAUGUGGAGAAAGGAGCUUUCAGAGACUUGAUUUCCUUAACAGAAUUGGGCCUAAGCAGUAACCGUUUGAGCAUAAUCACAAAAGAAUUCUUCCAAGGCCUGACCAAUCUAAAAGUGCUCCUCCUUGACAAGAACAACAUUUCGACCACUGAAAAUUCAUCAUUUUCUGUCUUCCACCACUUAGAAUGUGUGAAACUUUCUGAGAAUAAGCUAACAGACAUGAAACUAAUGCAACCCAUUUUCAGAAUACAAACAUUGAAUGAAAUACAUAUUGCCUCCAACAACAUCUCAAAUUUUCAGUCGAUUAAUGUUUCAAAUUCAUCCCUCAGACUUCAAAUACUGAAUUUAGCUCACAAUCCUCUAAACAUUUUUAGGAUUAGUGAAGAUAUUUUCCCCUAUCUCCAGGCAAUCAAUCUGUCAUACUGUUUUUCAAAUAGAAAUUCAGAAUGGGAAGUGCUGAAUACAAGUUUCUUCAGGAAUGUAAAGAGGCUUGAAAUGGCUGGUGUUAAUGUCUCAUUAGAGCGAUUCAAGGUGAUACUGCAAACAUUUAAUAACUCACUGGUCGCAUUAACAUUGAGCGCUGUACCUCUUGCAAAAUCCCUUAUAAGUUAUACUUGUCAUAUUCCAACACUUACAACGCUUACUUUGAGAAAUAACAACAUCAGUAGCUUAAAAGGCACAGGGCUGGAGAGAUGCUGUCAAAUUAGGACACUGGAUCUGGGCCAUAAUAGACUUGCUGAUCUGGAAAAUGUUUUGGCAUCACUGACAAAUCUUACUUUUUUACAACUGGGUUAUAAUAAAUUUUCAUACAUUCCAAGUAUGAUACAAAAUCUAUCCAUGUUGGAAAACUUAGAUUUAGUAUUCAAUCAAAUUGAAAAGUUAGGUUGUUCUACCUUUAAAAAUCUUAACAAUCUCAAAACUCUCCGCUUGUAUAGAAAUAGAAUUAAAGUUGUGAAAGACUGUGUUUUCCAAGACCUGAUAAAUCUAAAAAAACUGUACUUAGGAUCAAACUAUAUCAGUUUUUUAGACAGAGCCUUCCAAAAUGGUCCUGCUAAAUUGGAAUAUCUAAAACUAAGCUCAAACUCAUUAGCUUCCCUUAAAACUAAUGACUUCAGAGGUUUAAAAUCACUCAGGACUUUGAUUUUAUAUGACAAUAAAAUUAAUUCAAUUGAUGACGGGACUUUUGAUAAAUUAAUUAGCUUGAAAGUACUGAACUUGCAUUUUAACAAGAUAACAGAUGAAUCACUCAGACCAACUGUAUUUUCAGAACUUUCUAAUCUUUUAGAACUGACUUUACAGAAUAAUCACAUAUUAAAAGCUGAAUACUUUCAAACACCUCCUUUUUAUAAUUUAACGUCUCUUAAAGUGCUUUCAGUUUUAUCUCAGCGUCAUCAUAACAAUCAGUCUUUUUUGCCCUAUAAUUUCCUACAAAAUUUGAGACAUUUACACACUUUUUGGGCCCAGAAUGCUGGACUUAAAUAUUUGCACGACGAUGUGUUCAAAGAUAACACCCAGCUCGCAGAACUAGCCCUGAGUGGAAAUGACCUCACAACUCUCUCUCUGAAUGUAUUCCUGCCCCUGCGAAAACUCUAUAAGCUCCAUUUAAAAGAAACUCGUCUAAAAACCUUAGAUUUUCUUGUGCAAGCAAACCUUCAAGAUCUCUAUUAUUUGCAGAUUAGCAAUAACCAAAUUUCAUCAAUCAAUGAAACAAUUAUCAUGUCCCUUCCUGGGUUAAGGCUACUCGAUAUGCAAGGAAACACCUUCACCUGUGACUGUAGCAAUGCUCAGUUCAUCAAAUGGUUGGAGAAAAGUAAUUUCACACAAGUACUUGCCGCUAAUACAUACGAAUGUAACAGUCCUCCCAAUUUCAAAGAAACACAACUUUUAAAUUUAGAUGUAUCUUCUUGUUCAGAAAACAAUGAGCUUUAUUAUUACAUAUCCAGCACUUGUCUUGUGCUCCUGACCUUGAUCAUCUCUCUCACCUAUAACUUCCUACACUGGCAAAUAGUUUAUGGCUAUUAUCUCUUCUUGGCAUUUCUCUAUGACAAUAAGAAGAAGGGGUCUCACAAGCCAUUAGGUUUCCAGUAUGAUGCUUUUGUUUCCUACAACAAGCAUGAUGAACUCUGGGUCACCAGUGAGUUGCUCCCCAAACUAGAGGGAGAACAGGGAUGGAGAUUAUGUCUGCACCACCGGGACUUCCAACCAGGGAAACCCAUUGUGGACAACAUCGUGGAUGGCAUCUACAGCAGCCGCAAGACUAUCUGCAUCCUCAGCCAGCACUACCUGGAGAGUGAGUGGUGUUCCAGGGAAGUGCAGGUGGCCAGCUUCCGUCUGUUCGAUGAGAAAAAGGACGUUCUGAUCCUGUUGUUCCUGGAGGACAUUCCAGUCUAUCGGCUGUCCCCGUACUACAGGAUGAGGGGCCUGGUGAAGAAGCGCACGUACCUCAGCUGGCCCAAAGCGGGACAGGACACACGGGUCUUCUGGGAGAAACUAAGAGUUGCCCUUGGUGCCAGAAGGGGUUCUGAGGAGGAGAAUUCCCUCAGUGAUGUGCAGAAUGUCCUUUGAUCCUUAAACAGUUACGCUUUCACAGGUUCUGUCAAGAGACAAUGCCCUAUGCUUAUGUUACUUUUGAUGAAAGUGAUAAAAUCAUUGUAAUCAUUGUCAAUCGUAGCUCCUUGUGUAAAUUAACCCAACAGUUCUGUGUGAUUUCAACAUUUCAACAUCUUUUUGUUCAAAUAUAUUUUUUUAACUAUUACAGGCUUCUUUA